AUGGAAAAUACAAAUAACAUCACAGAAAUUAUACUGUUGGGACUUUCCCAGAACAAGAAAGUUAAAAAUCUGUGCUUUCUAUUGUACUUGUUUUGUUUUAUAGCUAUUUGGAUGGGGAAUGUACUCAUAAUGAUUUCUAUCACUUGCAGCCAGCUAAUUGACCAACCCAUGUAUUUCUUCCUUAAUUACCUUGCUCUCUCAGACCUGUGCUAUACUUCCACAGUGACCCCUAAACUAGUCACCGACUCGCUGAAAGAAAGGAACACCAUUUCUUAUACUGGCUUCAUGGCUCAGCUUUCUGCUAUGCACUUCUUCAGGGGCAUCGAGAUCUUCAUCCUCACAGGGAUGGCCUGUGACCGCUAUGUGGCCAUCCGCAAGCUGCUGCACUAUGCGGUCAUCAUGAGCAGGCCCAGGUGUAAUGCGGCUGUCACUGCAUGCUGCUCAGGGGGAUUUCUGCAUUCCUUUGUCCAGUUCCUCUUCAUUACCACCCUGCCUUUCUGUGGCCCCAUUGAAAUGAAGCACUACUUCUGUGAUGUGUUCCCUUUGCUGGAACUGGCCUGCACAGACACACACAGAGCCGGAAUCCUAGUGGUCACCAAUUCAGGCAUGAUGGGAUUGGUGGUGUUUGUGGUUGUGAUGCUGUCUCACAUGGUGAGUUUGUACACCAUCAGGGCUUACCCUACAGAGAGUCACAGGAAAGCCCUUUCCACCUGCAGCUCCCACGUAAUGGUGGUGGUUUUGUUCUUCGUGCCUGUCCUCUUCAUUUACAUCAGACCAGCAGCCUUCCCAGAGGACAAAGUGUUUGCUCUUUUCUACAGCAUCAUCAUGUUCAACCCCCUGAUCUACACUUUGUGGAACACAGAGAUAAAGGAUGCCAUGAGGAAGAUUUGCUGCCAGAAAUCAUUUUUGAUUGGAAGACAGCUCAUCUGCAAGUCACUCUACUCCCCAUGGUGUACACUGCCCAAAUGA